GCCUGUUGUUCUGCCUAUUUACCCAGGGUCUCCAUCGAAUCAAAUGUACAAUAUUAAGCCACUGAUCGACUUCAAGGCCCGCAUGCCCCCCAUGCGCAUUGCCGGCCAAACCUCCGAGGUAGCAGCACUUCCACCACUACGAAGUCCAUACCUAGAGACGAGCCUAUGCUUUACGAGUGUUGUCUCUCGCUGAUGCUGCUGUCAUAGGCAAGGGCCGCAUUAUCUCCAACUGUCAAGCGGUAACCUCGAGCUGCAAAGGUUACCCACCGCGCAUUGUUCCGUGCAGACGGGACGAACAGGUGUAGGCAUGUGGGACACCUUUGGGAGUCAUAACGUCGUGGUUGAGCCGUCCUCCUGACUGUCAACUACCACAAGCCUGAGGGCUUACACAUUCACUCCAUGAAUCAUGGAUGAUCAAGAAACUCAGUCAACCUUUCUCCGACUUCCUAUCGAGAUUCGACAACACAUUUACGAUUUUGCCAUCUCAGCACAGCAUCUGAAGGCCCCGGAUCAGCGGUUCGUUGAUCCUCAAUGGCAUGAUAAACCUCAGGGUCUUCCAGGACUCCUUCUAGUCAACAAAGCUAUAUCUCAGGAAGCAAUUUCCAUUUUCUACUCCAGAGCUAUACUGAACAUCGCCCCAUUACAUCCGCCAGAGUACCUAUUCGAUGCUCUCAAUGCCAGAGGACCCAAGCUGAACUUGACAUUGGGGCUGCAACGUAUGGUCGCACCUUUUCCUGCUCAAAAUCUAGCCCGUGUCGAGACUUGCCACAUAUAUGCUGGACAGUCGAAGGCCAUCAACGCUGAAGCCUAUGAAGCUCUAUUGGGAUGGCUGAUGACUCGGACGUCCGUCCAAAGCAUAAAACUCUCUUCACGCUUGAUGACCAGGUUGCGGCGUGCAAGAACAGCGCUUGCAUCAACUCACAACUUAUACUUGGCAGCCUCGGGGGUGUCUGUAGUAAAGACUGUCUAUAUCUAUUCUCAGCACGCUCGCUCACCAUGGGAAUUGACACAGAUGUCACGCUUGAGAUCAGCGUUGGCGGGCCGAGAACUCCCAGUGGUGCAGGCCCACGUUUGGAAUAAGAAUCGUGGAGAGGAGCCCUUCCUGGAUCCACGAUGGGAUGUCCGACAUAAUGACGAUGACCAACCGCUUGCGAAGAUGGACCAGCUCUCGACAUGGUAUGAUUCAUUGCUGGCAGCAGAUUCUAUUUGCCAAGCUCGUGUAGGCCGGCAGCCGGAGCAGACUGACAAGAAAUUGUAUCAAGUCUGCUUUGUAUUCGAGGUGCCACCUUGAGGAAUUGCAAGUACUCAGACCAUUCGAUUCAUGAUCUUCUUUUCUCCGCUCCUCUUGUGACUGCUCUCAGACUGCCAAAGCUCAAGACGUCGCCAAUCCUCUCCAUGCCGGUGAACAACAUGACAAGUCUAUCAAUUCCACAACCCCAGCCACCCGUAGGCGGGAGACCCCAUUCCAGUGCCUCGAGAUAGUCCUCGUCGACUUUCAUGGCUUCUUCAUCUACUAGGUUGUUCUGUCGUGCAAGGCGUUGCUGAUCCACAAAUUUCCUGCGCUGUUCAGAGGGGCUGUUCUCCUCCUCGUAGCAGUUGACCACCUCUUUGCCUUGAAUGAACAAUUCUGCCCUCGCUGCAACAGG